AUGACUGAGAUGUUCCUCUUCAUACUGGGGCACUGUGCUGGGAAUAGAUUGGUUUUACAUAGUGUAUAUUUGUUGUCAAUUGACAUAAUUAGACUAAGGGAGAAACAAUUUGAAGAAGUACCUGCCAAGAUCAGGGGUGACCCGAAAUACAUCCCUUUUAAAAAUUAUGUUGGUGCGAUCGAUCGAACACAUAUUCUAGCUGUGAUUCCUAAGGGGGACAGAGGUUGUUUCAUUGGUAGGAUAGGCACCACGACACAAAAUGUGAUGGCAGUUUGUGACUUCGAUAUGAUGUAUAUUUUUGUGUCGGCUGGAUGGGAGGGUUCUACACAUGUUGACAUGUCUUCCAGCAAGCAAUUUCAAAUCCCGCCUUCAAUUUUCCAAUGCCACCCCCCGUUCGAUAAUGGUUGCCGAGCAACUGGUCCUCGUAAAUUGUUCAACCACACACACUCAUCUCUCCGAAGUGUAAUUGAGAGAAUUUUUGGGGUGACCAAAAAUAGGCGGCCUAUAUUGAGAAAUAUGUCAUCUUACCCCUAUGAAACCCAUGUUAAGAUUGUAAUUGCGUGCAUGGCACUUCACAACUUUAUUCGUGUCAGGGUGAAGGACGAUGAAGAAUUUUUGGCAACAGAUGAAGCGUCAAGUAGUUCAGCUCAGGAACCACCUACUGAAGAUGUUGUUGUUGGUGGGGUUGAUGAUUUGCGUGAUGAUAGAACCAUGUCUUCCAUUCAGGAUAAGAUUGCAGAUAAACUUUUACGUAGGAGACAGAGGCAGUGA